ACGCCUAUGGACGGACCCACCUCCGUUCGAAGGGGACCGACACACGCCGGGUCACGUGCUUGAAUAUGGAAACGGUUACAAAGCGAGCGGACUUCUAUUUAUGCGGCUGCCAGUCGUGCGCAUGCGCAACGGAGAUUCGCCGUACGCAAACGGCGUAGAGCGGGCGGCCCGGACAGCGGACGCGGACUGCGGGCGGCGUAACGCCGGGUCCGGCAUGGCGUCCUGCGCGCAAACUCCCCGAGUCUUGCGGUGCGGCGCGGGCGCCUGAACUAAUCCUCCCGCGCUCGUCACCGUCUCUGCACGGGGCCCCCGAGGAAGGAGCCCCACGUGUGCGCCGUGGCCCUGCCUUUAACUGCGUGGUGCUGCCUGUGCGUGACGGGCAGACAUGGUGAAGCUGGAGCUGGAUCAGCUGGUGAUAAGGCGGAUGAGGGAAGACGACGUAGAGCUCGUGAAAGCCCUCGUCAAGGAGGGCUGUGAGGGAACGGAAAACCGUCUCAUCCUUCACAUCCUCACCCGUCCUCUCUGCCUCUUCAUCCUGGCCAUCCUGUCCUCCGUCCUCCGCUGCCUCGUUCACUCCUUCAUCCUGGCUCUCGCUAUUCCUGUCUUCCUUCUGAUUGUUUUUCUCAAGAUCACCAUGCCCCGGGCCACAGGGGUCCUAGGUACCAGCCGCCCUUACUGGGACUAUGUGGGCAGCAGCUAUAGAGGGGCGGAGGAGGAGACUCUGCCGAAUGUCUUCACUAGGAUCAGUGGCAAAACACAAGUAACAAAGAAGCCAAGGCGCAGAAUGAGACCCAAGGACAAAGAGAAGGAGACGUCGACAGAGAGGAUCGACCCGGAAAGGGAGGAGGCGGCGGGGCAGGUGUGGGUGGCCGACUGCGACGGAGAGAUCGUGGGCUGCGUGUGCAGGGAGAGCGAGAAACGAGCGGGCAUCCGGAGGAUCUGCAGGGUGGUGGUAGGCUGCUGGUACCGCAGGGAGGGCCUGGGCAGGCUCCUGGUCCAGAGUCUGGAGCAGCGGGAGGGGGAGACUGCGGCACGCAGAGUCUACGCCCAUGUCCCCUACCCCUCCAAGGUGGGGGAAGCCUUCUUCAGGAAGCUUGGCUACCAGCAGCUGGGCGAGGGGGCCGAUGGAGAGGAUGAGGAGAAGAAGCUAGAGACUCCAGAGAGAGGCUUUCUUGGCUUCGCCCUCACAAAAGUGUUUUACAAAGACCUGUAGUGGGGUGUGGACGCACUCGUGAAGGGUGAAAUUGAGAAAUGAAGACGAUCCAGGCGAUACUAAAGGGACAGGAGAGACGAGAAGAGUAAAUUGGGCUAAGAUAAAGGGGUGACCGCAAGAACAGGAUGGGCUACUUGUUUAAUUUAAUAAUUUAUUUGUCUUUCGUCGUGUUAUUUUUGUCAGUAUUUAUUCAGUGUGGUUUGCUUUUUAAAUUAUUAUCACUUAGUUGAAGUUUAUUUUUAUGCCUUUUAUUUAAAGUGGACAAGACAUUUUCCCACUUGAAAAAAAAAACUAGGUUUUGGAUAAGUUGAGUUUUACUAGUUGCAUUGCUGAAUAAUGAAUUGCAUUAUUUCAUCAAGACGCACUCAACCAUCCUGGUCUUUGAAGGUUGUUGUUUGGAACUGAAUGUUGAAGUCAAAAGUAUUUUGUUAAAACGUAUUUCUAAA